ACAGUGUGAUUCUGAAUAAAAACUGGAAAACACUUAAAGAUACUACAGAUUUAUAUUUAUACAUAUUUAUAUUUAUAUAUCCAGUAACAUAAACUACACUAAAACUAAGUACACCACACAGUUCAGAUUAAACUCUAACAUGAUGCAUUCAAGUCUGACAACAUGUGGAAAAGUUUAAGGGGUGUAAAAACUUUUGCAGUCGCAGUAUCUGUAUUAAAAUGAACUUGAUGCAGUUUGUGUCUCUGUUCCUGCUUCUGUUCAUUUCUUCAUUUAUUUUCUGAAUGACUCCCUCCCUCCUCCCCUCCUCGGGGUCAAUCCAUGGGAAAAGAAAGUUUUCCUGCAGCCCUGAGAGAAAUCCAGUUAUUUUCGGACAACACGUCACCGGUUUUAGUUGCAGCCCAGAAACUUCUUUCCAUCAUCCAGCUCGCUUUCUUCCCUCUCUCUCUUUCCCUCUCUCUCUCUAUGAACUUGUUGCACAGCUGUGUUGUUCCCCGUUCUCACGCACGGCGCCGCACGCCCGCAGCGGCGCACACAUGAGCGGGCAGCUUGAGGAAACGUCAGCAGGUUUCGGCUCGCUGCGUGACAUUGCGGUGCCCGUUUUCCUUUCAGCGAACGACUCAAGGAUGGACGCGUGACGCACCGAGCCACAGUGAGGGAGCGUGCACACACGUCAGCUCGGGGAGGGCAAAGCCUGCUUAAAAUGCAGCGAAUGUGACAGCCGAGCCCACAGUCCAGACUACAGCAGCGCCUGGACGGGAAAGGUGAAGCGGGGCGGGGGCGGGGGGCACCAGCAGCAUGACCGUGGUGCCCGGGGAGAACCUGGAUGAGACGGUGGCACUGGCCGCGCUGUCCGCCCAGGAUGUGUACGACCCGGAGCGAGCCGACAACCAGGAGUGCUGCGAGCGGGUGGUCAUCAACAUCUCCGGGCUGCGCUUCGAGACGCAGCUGAAGACCCUGGCCCAGUUCCCCGCCACUCUGUUGGGGGACCCGCGCAAAAGGAUGCGCUUCUUCGACCCGCUCAGGAACGAGUACUUCUUUGACCGGAACCGACCCAGCUUCGAUGCCAUCCUGUACUACUACCAGUCCGGAGGACGGCUCCGGAGACCGGUCAACGUGCCGGUGGACAUCUUCAUGGAGGAGAUCAAGUUCUACGAGCUGGGAGAGGAGGUGAUCGAGAACUUUAAGGAGGAUGAAGGGUUCAUCAAGGAGGAGGAGCGGCCGCUGCCGGAGAACGAGUUCCAGCGGCAGGUCUGGCUCCUGUUCGAGUACCCCGAGAGCUCCGGACCCGCUCGGGGCAUCGCCAUCGUCUCCGUGCUGGUCAUCCUCAUCUCCAUCGUUAUCUUCUGCUUGGAGACCUUACCCGAGUUUAGGGAGGAGGCCCGGAUCUUCGAGGGGAUGAUCCCGACAAACGGCACCGCGGGCGCAGAGCCGCCGAACCCGUUCACGGACCCGUUCUUCAUCGUGGAGACGCUCUGCAUCAUCUGGUUCUCCUUCGAGCUUCUGGUCAGGUUCCUCGCCUGCCCCAGCAAGCCCGCCUUCUUCAAGAACAUCAUGAACACUAUCGACAUCGUGGCCAUCAUGCCCUACUUCAUCACGCUGGGGCUGGAGCUGGCGGAGCACCAGGGCAACGGCCAGCAGGCCAUGUCGCUGGCCAUUCUGAGGGUCAUCCGCCUGGUCCGGGUCUUCCGGAUCUUCAAGCUCUCACGCCACUCCAAGGGGCUGCAGAUUCUGGGGAAGACGCUGCAGGCCAGCAUGCGAGAGCUGGGCCUCCUCAUCUUCUUCCUCUUCAUCGGGGUCAUCCUCUUCUCCAGCGCCGUGUACUUCGCGGAAACCGACGACCCGGAGUCGGGCUUCAGCAGCAUCCCGGACGCCUUCUGGUGGGCCGUGGUUUCCAUGACAACGGUAGGCUACGGCGACAUGUGUCCAGUGACCAUCGGUGGGAAGAUCGUGGGGUCCCUGUGCGCCAUCGCCGGGGUCCUGACCAUCGCGCUUCCGGUUCCGGUCAUCGUCUCCAACUUCAACUACUUCUACCACCGGGAGACCGAGCACGAGGAGCAGUUCCAGUACACGCACGUGACCUGCGGGCAGCAGCAGGCUCCGUUCGGCGAGUUCAAGCGGAGCGACAGCCGGCCGUCGCUGUCCAAGUCCGACUACCCGGACAGCGAGGACGCGGACUCCGUCAAGUACACGAACUGCAGCCCGCACAAGGCGUACGGCGGGAAGCUGACGGACGUCUGAGGCUCCUUGUUUCCGCCAGCAGGGGGAAUGUUUUCAGUUGGAUCCCCUCUCCACUCAUGACACGGUCUUCCAUCCAGCAGGACAACUGAUCAGCCUCUGUAGCACUUUACUGUCAUUAGUGAGCAGCUUUAAGGUUUACAUUCUUCUGACACGGGACCAAAUUAAAACUCAGUUUAAAACUUAAAAAAAAAAAA